AUGAGCUAUGGUCUCAUUGUGAAGGCGAGUGAAGAUGUACCGACAGAGCUAUUGAGUGAACACAAUAUUCCAACAAAACCAGUGAUCUACCGAGGAAGCGAGAGUCAGCCUGAUGUGGCGAGACAUUUCGUCGAUACCGUGACGGAUAUAUCGUUGAAGAUUGAAAAGUUACUGAAGACGAAUAUGCCGCUAAAUAUGUCCGCAGACGACAUACAAGCUCAUGAAGCAGCGACGCACUGCAAUCUAUGCAAAUGCGAUGUUAAUAACUACACCCGUAUUCGCGAUCAUGAUCACUUGACCGGGAAAUUUAGACAGACUUUAUGCAAUAUAUGUAAUUUAAGUCUUAAACAACCGAAAUACGUACCAGUUUUCAUUCAUAAUCUUUCCAAUUACGAUGCUCAUUUUAUAGUAACAGAACUUGGUUAUGAUACACAUAGAAUAAAAGUAAUUCCAAACAGCGAGGAGAAAUUCGUUACUUUUUCGAAAUACAUAAGUAACGAUUUUACGAUCAGAUUCGUGGAUACAUUCAGAUUUAUGGCUACAAGCUUAUCAACUCUCGCCGCCAAUCUAAUAACACCAAACUUUGAAAAAUUCCGCAUAACCGCAAAACAUUUUUCCAAUAAUGAUCUACCGCUUGUCACCCGUAAGGGUGUAUAUCCUUAUGACUUCACUGAUGAUUGGGCUAAGCUUGAACAAACAACAUUACCUGCAAAAGAGGACUUUUAUAGCACCUUAACAGAAGAACACAUAAAAGAAACUGAAUAUCAGUUUGCGGAAGACGUAUGGAGCCAUUUCAAUUGUCAAACGUUGGGCGAGUAUUCAGAUCUUUACCUUAAAAUUGAUGUAUUGCUUCUGGCGGAUGUAUUCGAAAAUUUCCGGGAUUUAUGUUUGAACACAUACAAUUUGGAUCCAUCAUACUAUUUUACAGCACCGGCGUUUUCUUUCGAUGCAAUGUUGAAAUACACCGCAAUAAAACUGGAUUUACUAACGGAUUAUGAAAUGCUAUUAAUGAUUGAAAAUGGUAUUCGAGGAGGACUUACACAGGCCAGCAUGUGGUACGCAAAACCUAACAAUGAGAAACACCUGAUUAUAACCCAGCAGACCUAAAAUCCUGGCUUGUUUAU